UUAGCAGAUGAUCCAAUUGGAAGAUUGAAAGUGUUUGUUUAUGAUCUCCCAAGCAAAUACAAUACAGAUAUGGUUCAGAAUGAUCAAAGAUGUCUUACCCACAUGUUUGCUGCUGAGAUCUAUAUGCAUCAAUUCUUGUUAAAAAGUCCAGUUAGAACACUCAAUCCUGAAGAAGCUGAUUGGUUCUAUACACCAGUUUACACAACUUGUGAUCUUACACCUGGAGGUCAUCCAAUGACUGACAGAUCUCCAAGGUUAAUGAGAGCUGCAAUCAAAGAAAUCUCUUCUGAAUGGCCUUACUGGGAUAGAACAGAAGGAGCUGAUCACUUCUUUCUUGUACCUCAUGAUUUUGGUGCUUGUUUCCAUUUUGAAGAAGAAGUAGCUAUUGAAAGAGGAAUUCUUCCUUUACUUCAAAGAGCUACAUUGGUUCAAACUUUUGGACAGAAAAAUCAUGUUUGUUUGAAACAAGGUUCAAUUAUAAUUCCUCCAUUUGCUCCUCCACAAAGGCUUCAAUCACAUUUGGUUCCAUCAAAUACUCCUCGUUCCAUUUUCGUCUAUUUUCGAGGUAUAUUUUAUGAUACUGGAAAUGAUCCAGAAGGGGGUUAUUAUGCAAGAGGAAUUAGGGCUUCUCUAUGGGAAAAUUUUAAGAAUAAUCAUCUCUUUGAUAUCUCUGCUGAGCAUCCAAUGACUUAUUAUGAAGAUCUUCAAAGAACAAUUUUCUGUUUAUGUCCAUUGGGUUGGGCUCCAUGGAGUCCUAGAUUGGUAGAAGCUUUAUUAUUUGGAUGUAUUCCUGUUAUCAUAGCAGAUGAUAUUGUGUUACCCUUUUCAGAUGCAAUUCCAUGGGAGGAAAUUGGGGUUUUCAUAGCUGAAGAAGAUGUUACUAAAUUAGAUACUAUUCUUACAUCAAUACCAGAGAAAGUCAUUGUUGAGAAGCAGAGAUUGCUUUCCAAUCCUUCAAUUAAGAGAUCAAUGCUUUACUCUGAACCUUCUUUGAUGGGAGAUGCUUUCCAUCAGAUACUAAAUGGGCUCGCUCGUAAGUUACCACAUGACAAGAAUAUCUAUUUGAAUUCAAGCCAGAAGGUUUUAGAUUGGAGUGCAGGUCCAGUAGGGGACAUGGAACCAGCAUGGUGGUAG